UUAACCAGCCACUCACGCACUGGAAGACCAAUAUAUCAGUUAUCGGCAGACCAACACCGGCCCACUGCAAGCCCAAAUCUGCUUGCACCGAUCUAACUCAAGCUCGCCCUUCGUUCAACGAACCACUUCAAGCGUAUUCCUCCUGCGCCGACCGAACUGAAACCCACCCUUCUUCACCGACCCACCUCAAGCCGACCCCACGUAAUCAACACCCCAAGCAUGGAAGCCAGCGUGUAUAAAACCCAUUACAGUGCAAUGCGCGUGUUAUCAAUAAACAAUUAUAACCAAUUUAGCAGUUAAAGAGAUACUAACGCCCCGUUUACAGCCUGAACGCUGGUGACUUUCAAGUGAAAUUAGAAAGUGUCUGGUAUAAUAAUAAUCUGGUUAUAAUAAUAUCUGGCGUAAUAAUAUUAAAAGUCUUCGGAAUAGUUGAUAAGAUUGAUUUAGUGUUUGUGUUUGUGGAUCAGUUGUGCACAAGAGGUUCCGUCUGCUAGACAGAUAACGAACGAGGUAUUAUAUGUGCAGGAAAAGCGUUUAUCGAAGACAAUAUUAUUAAUAAUGGAAUCUAUUUCUUCUGACCUUUAUUGUGUGAACCAAGAACGCUUUCGUUGAAUCAUUCAACGCUUUAAGGAAAAAAAAAAAGAAUUGAGUCUUCCGAUAAAAAGAAGCUAAUUGCUUUCAUUAAUGUUAAUAAGCUUGAAAAGGUCUGAGAGGUAGCACUUGACACAAUACUUUACCCGAACCGUACCUUAGAUAAACGUAUAUUAAUAGCUGCAGUUCAAGUUGAAAAUAAUGUGACGAAUUCAAUGUAUCUAGUGUUAGCCUCAAGACUCGGUACUUCACGACAUGUUUAAGGAACCGUACAUUUAGCCUCUCGUCACGUCCUCGGGAGGAGGGGGCAUGACACAUGACCACCUCGACGGAAUCUUACAUAACGGCAACAUGGAAUUACUCGAAAAAGUUGGCCGAGAUAAAAAUCAACCUCGAGUAAAACGGAAAGAAUUUCUUCACGCUGUUUGAUCGCCAGGAACUCGUCAUUAUAAUAUAAGAAUCGAACUGUUGUAAAUGUAUUUGUGUGAAGCCAUGCGUUAUUUUUUGUUUAAAGGGAAAAAUUGAAAGUGUGCUUUUCAGCAUCAGUUUUAAGAAUUAAUCAGAAAAUAAUUUGCAUAGUAAUUAUUGCGAAAUAGCGAUGCGUGUUUGAACCAUUUGCCUGGGCUUUGCUACUACUAGAUAGAAUACUAAUAGCUCCUUGAGGACCUCCAUCCAUCCAGCAUAACAUCUUCCAACACACUACAAUCCAACAUCACAUCUUAUAUACUUCAUGAGAAGCUGAAGAUGGCAUCCCUAACUCUGUAAACGUCGAAUGUCGCUCACCUUGUGUGUCUUGUCAUUCGAGUAGAGUGUCACCCGUCUCACAUGAGCCCAUGAUACGACCUUGACAAGUAGAAGCAGAAGGAGGCAGGGAGGAGAAGGAAGACGAGGAAGCAGGAGAAGGUGCUCCUGAGCCGUGAGGGAGCACCCUCCACCAUGGCGAGGGAUAUCCCACAUCUGGACGUGUCGGCUCUCAUGUUCCUUCUCUUGUUGCACCUCACUCUGGCGGACCCUCACAAAGGAGGCGAGACAGAGUUUGACUGGUCCUCAUGGUGGAGUUAUGACGGAAUUUCUGGCCCCGGGUUUUGGGGGAUCAUCAACCGGCGUUGGAGGCUAUGCAGUGAUGGUCGCCGGCAAUCCCCCGUGGACCUGGCCACUUCCUCCAUCGUCUUCGACCACACUCUCUCCAGCCUGGUGCUCGCUUCUCACAAG